UGAGACAAAUGAUGUAACACAUAGAACGUUCCGGAUUAUCCAAAGGUCGACUCACAUCUGCGAGUGUGUGAUACAGACUCAGUGUUGCGUUUGUUUUUAUCAGCAAGCAAACUCACAAAUAUAUUAAUAAUUUAAACAUGCCGAGAGGAAGCAGAAGCCGGACAUCCAGGAUGGCUCCUCCAGCCAGCCGGGCACCACCAUCACCACCACCUAUGGCCAGGGCUGCACCUCCUCGCUCCUAUGCCCCGGCUCCAAUGCAGGCUCCUCCGAGUGCUGUGGGUGCUCCAGCUGCAGCACCCAGGCAGCCUGGUAUGUUUGCCCAGAUGGCGACUACAGCCGCUGGAGUGGCAGUGGGCUCUGCAGUAGGACACACCCUUGGCCACGCCAUGACUGGAGGCUUCAGUGGAGGAAACUCAGAGCCUGCCAGGCCUGACGUCACAUACCAGGAGCCGUACCAGCAGCAGCCACAGUCCAUGUACCAGCAGCAGCCACAGUCCAUGUACCAGCAGGAGGCCCCUCAGCAGCAGCAGGCCUGCUCCUAUGAGCUCAAACAGUUCAUCGAUUGUGCCCAAAACCAGAGCGACUUCAAGCUCUGCGAGGGCUUCAGUGAGGUGCUCAAACAGUGCAAGUUCGCUAAUGGUCUGUCAUGAGGCUGAGACAAAAACCUGGAGCAUGAGGAGUGCAUACAAACUGUAAUAAGCAACCAUACUGGAUACUAAGAAGGUGUAAUUCACAAGAGAUCAAUAAACAUGCUUUAUUUUGACAGCUGAUUAUCAUCAGACUGCAUCAUUGUAUUUAUUUCUCAGGACAGUGCUGCAGAGUUUGUAAUUAUAGUCGUAUAAAUAAUGUUUAUAUAUUUUGGUGUUGCAUGCUUUGAGUUGAUUUCAGUUGUUUUUCAUUAGCGCUUUUAAUUUACAGUUCCUCCCGAAUAUAUAAAUCACAAUAUGAACUGCAUUUGUAGAUGAUGGUGAUGAUGAUAAAGCACCAGUUUCCACCUUCUGGAUUAUUGAUGUCCACAGUUUGUUUGUAACAAGUUUAGGUUUAAAAAAUAAUAAAGCACUUGAAUCAUAAAAA